AUGAACGCUGCCUUUUUCCUCGGCGGCUGGUCGGACAUUGAAGAGGGAGCCAUGGUUUUAACAACCGCUGAUGAUACCGCUGAUUUAGCCCUGCUGAAAGCAAGGAGAAGUCUUCUGCUUCCCGACGGAAAGACAUGCAAUACAACCCUCGGUGUUUGCCCCGAUCCUGUCCCCAUUUACUGGUUCGAUCUCGCGUCAGCAGUUGUUUCCAAUCCAGAUGGAAAUAUCGCUAAGCAAGUUGCACUCGCGGACACAGCGCUUGCCUGGGGAGACUUUAUUUCUCAAAAUAUCCCGUGGUUCUUGCCGACUCGGCAAGCCAAGGCGUUCCAUCCCCGAAGUAUCGGUAUGGCUUUUUACCGCGAUAUCAUUCUCGCUGCCAGGCAGAACGUUGAGUACGGUUAUUGA